AUGCUCAUCCACAUCUUUUUUACAGUCGCUGCCCUGGCCCUGGCCUCUGUCUCCCUCUGCAGCCCAGCCGCUUGUGGUCCCCCUCCUAUACAUGUGCGAAUUGGGGACGUCAAGGUCGCCGGCGGCAAACCCACCCGAGGCGCCGAGGUGUCGGUAGGGGAACCGAGUCAACCUCUCGCGCUUACACCGACCUGGACCACCGACAGUACGCUCAUCCACAGCAGCAGCAGCAGCAGCAGCAGCAGCAGCAGCAGCGACUGCGACAAGGGAUGGGUCGAGGAGGCCUGUGCAACUCUGCACGGCGGGGUGUACAACGCAUCUGCGUCGGCAACCCGGGCCAGCGAUUCUUCCUCCACCGUCGACAGGCUCGCGCUCGGCACCGACGCCGUCAUCCCCGUGCUUCCGAUGAGCGUAACGAGAGAUGCAAAUACGGCCCAGACGGGGAUGCUGGGUCUCGGUACCAACUCGACCAUCCUCGACACACUUGUCUCCGCCGGCAAAAUCGCGUCGAGAAGCGUGGGAUUCUGGGCCGGACGCGGCAUUGGCAGCAGAACACCCAUCGAUGGAGGGCUGACUUUUGGGGGUUACGACAAAGCGCGGGUGGUGGGGAGGGGCUUCGUAGACAGGCUUACGCCCGGAGUCAGGAACUGCUCGUCGGGCUUGGUCGUCGCCAUUGCUGAUAUCGCAGUCGGUUUGGCUGAUGGCACAAACACAAGCCUGCUUUCGAAGCAGGACGGAAGGACGUCCAACCUCAACGCGUGCCUUGAUCCGUCAAAGAGGACGCUUAUGAGCUUGCCCGACAAGUUUUACUUUGAUGCUCUGCUAAACGCUUCAAAGAUCGAUGCCAGCUGGGUCGGAAGAGGUGACGGCUGGUGGUAUGGUAAUGUUGUCGUUCCAUCGAGCAGUAAUCUCUUUUUCUCGCUGGGUAGAUCCUUCAGUGAUCUCACCAUCACACUGGGCUCCGGCCUCACGGUUCGCAUCCCCAACGAGCUGCUUGUGCAGCCGCAUACAUUCAUUGACCCGGCCACCGGCGACACGCAAACAGACCAUUCGCGGUCCGACAUCCUCAUAUACCCCGACCAGGGCCCAGAAGCGGACGACACUAUAAUCCUAGGCCUUCAGUUCCUCGCCGCCGCGUACCUGCUGGUCAACCAGGAUGCGCGACAGUUCACGCUGUGGGAGGCCAGCAGCCAAGCAGCAAACGCAAGCAAACCGCAGCUGGUGGCUGUGGCGCCGGACAAUUCGGAAAUUACGACGCCGCUCUGUCCUCAAAGCUCGUGGAACCCCAGCAGAGAUCAGGACGUGAAAAAGACGCUCAACGCAGAGGAGCAGCAAAGCAGCCAGAUGAGCAAAGCAGCCGUCGCCGGCAUCGCGGUCGGCAUCGUGGCGCUGCUGCUUUCCCUGGGGAUGCUCGCCUUUGCCGUCCUCCGGAAACAGGGCCAUCCAAGACUGCCGUACUGCUGCGCAUGGCCUCCCGCCUGCGGUGGCCGCCCGUCAGAUCUCAAGCCGGAGGAGCUGAACAACGUAAACACGACAGUUCACCCUUGGGACGGCUGGACCAGAUCAAUAGUGAUGGCACAGCCGAGGUCAGACCCGGGUUUUCACGUCGAAUUCAGAAACGGGGGGUUGGGGAUCUGGGGCAACGAACACCAGUUCGCAUUGUGCGAAUUGGAGGCACCGCCGUCGCCUUGGAACUCGGGGACGGUAAUGUAUCCCAAGGAGCUGGAGGGAAGUAUGCCUGCUUUUGAGAUGGAUGGGUCUACUUAG